GCCAGCCAGCUGACGUGGCUCGGUUGUACCUGGCCCAACCAGCACUCGGGGAGCUUUCUCUUCCCAUCUGCAGGGCCUGUCGACGCGCCCGACACGUGGCAGUCCCGUCGUAUGUGACGUGGCUGUUUCGUUGCUGGAGGACGACACGUGUGCAGGGGAAGUGCCGGCGGAUUAAGUGAUUUUCAUUUUUCGCGACGCGAUGGAUUUGGCGGGGACUCUUCAACAAGAUGCGGCAGACUGGGUUGACGUCUUGGGGGCGGCUCAUCAGCAGCUGCAGGCGACGGUGGGUAAGCUGACUCAGCGCUCGCAGGAGCAGGCAGCGUUGGAAGGGGGUGGGCUCUCCUUGUCUGCAUGGGUCGCUUCCCGUUCACAAACUUUGUUGGACAUCAUUUGGGAGAUACAGGAGUUGGAGGAGAUGCUAGUUUCUGGGCUUCAUUCUUCUCUGGAUUGGCGCCAGGUGGAGGCCGAGCUGGCAGUUUGCAAGGCCCUUUAUCGCCAAGGGCGUGACGUGUGUAAUCUCUUGGAGGAUCGGUCUUGUGAGAUGGACGCAGGGCGGCCGCUCAUGCUGGAUGGUGCUUCGCCUUUAACGUUUGCGGCAGCUGAUCGGACUUGCCAUCGGCCUCAAAAAGGUGAUGGUGAGGUGUUGAGAGCAAAUGAUGUCCAUCUGAGGAGUACACGGGAUGAUAUUCACAGUUCAGGGGGAGAUGAUGAGGAUAAUGAGGAUGAUGAUGAUGCUAAUAAGGAUGAUGUUAAUGAUGAUGAUGAUGAUGAUGAUGAUGAUGAUGAUGAUGAUGAUAUGAAUGGUUGGAAUCUUUGGUAUCAGAAGACUUGGGAUAAUGAUAAUGAUGCGGAUAAUGAAUCAUUGGAACCGUUGGAAUCACCUCAAAAUGGUGACGAUGAUGGUGAUGAUGAUGAUGAUGAUGAUGAUGAUGAUGAUGAUGAUAUGAAUUGUUGGAAUCAGAAAACUGGGGAUGAAGAAAGGGAAGAUGAUAGCGCAGGUCUGGGCGGUACGGUCUAUUGGGUUAAGAAGAGAAGUGAAGACAGGAAUGUGGAUUCCAAAGGUGCCAAUGACAUGAAAGGCAGUGAGCAGAAGGAGGCCGAAGACAACAGUUGCCAUCGGCCUCAAAAAGGUGAUGGUGAGGUGUUGAGAGCAAAUGAUGUCGAUCUGAGGAAUACACGGGAUGAUAUUCACAGUUCAGGGGGAGAUGAUGAUGAUGCUAAUAAUGAUGAUGUUAAUGAUGAUGAUGAUGAUGAUGAUGAUGAUGAUGAUGAUGAUAAUGGUGAUAUGAAUGGUUGGAAUCUUUGGUAUCAGAAGACUGGGGAUAAUGAUAAUGAUGCGGAUAAUGAAUCAUUGGAACCGUUGGAAUCACCUCAAAAUGGUGACGAUGAUGGUGAUGAUGAUGAUGAUGAGGAUGAUGAUGAUGAUGAUGAUAUGAAUUGUUGGAAUCAGAAGACUGGAGAUGAAGAAAGGGAAGAUGAUAGCGCGGGUCUGGGCGGUACUGUCUAUUGGGUUAAGAAGAGAAGUGAAGACAGGAGUGUGGAUUCCAAAGGUGCCAACGACAUGAAAGGCAGUGAGCGGAAGGAGGCCGAAGACAACAGUGUUGAAAAAGCUCGGGAAGACGGUAGGCUACGUCCAAGAGAACAUCCCUGUAAGGGUCGGGACGGUACUGCAAAGACUUGAGUCUGGGACUUUUGUGACAGCCAGGAGUUCCUCACCCUAGAUGCUCAAGCGCAGGACAGCAAUCCCUAAG